UAAAUUUAGAGUGAGAUAUCUUUUAUUUUUAAAAAUAACCUUUUGGGACUGUUGAAUCCGUGUGACUUGAGAGAAGACAUCACCACAACAAACGUUGUACUACAAAUUUCAAACACAAACCACUUCCUCAACCAAACCAAACCUCGUUUGAUUCAUGCCAUGCCAAAAUGCUCAAAAUUUCCCAAAACCCUUCUCAAACACACACUUCAAUUAACCCAAACCCAAACCCUUCUCUCUUACUCUUCCUCUUGCUCCAACUUUCCUCACCCUCCUCCAGUUUCACCUCAAAUCUUCAAAUCAACCACUUCCCACAAAUGGGGUUCUUACAAAUUGGGCGAUUUAUCUUUCUAUUCCCUCAUCGAAAAUCUAUCUUCCACCUUCGAUUUUCAAUCCUUGGAACAACUCCUUCAUCGAAUGAAGCGUGAAAAUAGAGUCUUUAUCGAGAAAAAUUUCAUCAUCAUGUUCAAGGCUUAUGGAAAAGCACAUUUACCUGAAAAAGCUUUGGACUUAUUUCACAGAAUGCCUGUUGAGUUUCACUGUAAGCAAACUGUUAAAUCUUUCAAUUCUGUUCUCAAUGUUGUUAUUCAAGAGGGUCAUUUUAACCGUGCUUUGGAGUUUUAUUCUCAUGUUAUUGAUUCCAAGAAUUUUAAUCAUGUUCAUCCGAAUGGACUUACUUUUAACUUGGUGAUUAAGGCUUUGUGUAGACUUGAGUUGGUUGAUCAAGCUGUUGAGGUUUUUCGAGGGAUUAGUGUUAGGAAUUGUGUUCCUGAUACUUAUACAUACUCUACAUUGAUGCAUGGUUUGUGUAAUGUUGGUAGAAUUGAUGAGGCAGUUUCGUUGUUGGAUGAGAUGCAGAUUGAAGGUACAUUUCCUAACCCUGUUGCGUUUAAUGUUUUGAUCAGUGCGUUGUGUAAGAACGGUGAUUUGGCGCGUGCGUCCAAGCUAGUCGAUAAUAUGUUUCUUAAGGGUUGUGUUCCGAAUGAAGUGACGUAUAAUUCACUUGUUCAUGGCUUGUGUCUGAAAGGGAAGUUGGAGAAGGCGGUGAGUCUCUUGAAUCGAAUGGUGUCGAAUAAAUGUGUUCCUAAUGAUGUUACUUUUGGAACACUCAUUGAUGGGUUUGUUAAGCAUGGUAGAGCUUUAGAUGGGGUGCGUGUGUUGGUUUCGUUGGAAGAGAAAGGUCACCGCGGGAACGAGUUUAUUUACUCGUCUCUUAUUAGUGGAUUGUUCAAGGAGGGGAAAUGUGAGCGUGGAAUGCAAUUGUGGAAGGAGAUGGUUGAAAAAGGAUGUGAACCGAAUACAAUAGUGUAUAGUGCUCUUAUUGACGGUCUUUGUCGAGAAGGGAAGCCAGAUGAAGCGAAAGAGUUUCUAUUAGAGAUGAAGAAUAAAGGUCACAUUCCCAAUUCUUUCACUUAUAGCUCCUUGAUGUGGGGUUAUUUUGAAACAGGUGAUAGUCAUAAAGCUAUUCUUGUUUGGAAAGAGAUGACAGAUGAUAAUUGUAAUCAUCACGAAGUUUGUUACAGUAUACUUAUCAAUGGAUUGUGCAAGAAUGGAAGGCUUAAGGAGGCCUUAAUGGUGUGGAAGCAAAUGUUGAGUAGAGGAAUCAAAUUAGAUGUUGUGGCUUAUAGUUCAAUGAUUCAUGGCUUUUGUAAUGCUCAGUUAUUAGAACAAGGGGUGAAACUUUUCCAUCAGAUGCUUUGUCACGUGCCAAAGUUACAACCGGACGUGGUUACAUACAACAUACUCCUGAAUGCUUUUUGCACAACGAAUAGCGUCUCCCGUGCUAUUGAUGUUCUAAAUACUAUGUUAGAUCAAGGCUGUGAUCCUGAUUUUAUUACUUGUGAGAUUUUCUUAAAAACUUUAAGAGACAAUAUGGACCCACCUCAAGAUGGGAGAGAGUUUCUAGACGAGCUUGUAGUCCGAUUAGUUAAGCGACAGAGAACAGUUGGUGCUUCCAAUAUUAUAGAAGUCAUGCUUAAGAAAUUUUUGCUGCCUAAACCUUCUACUUGGGCCUUAGCUGUUCAACAGCUCUGCAAACCUACGAAAGUUCGAAAAACCAUCAGUGAAUGUUGGAGUAGGCUACAUUGCUGAUGCCGAAAAUAUGUUGGAUUACUUGAGACUGAGUAAUUUAAGGGGAUCAAUUCCACCGUCCACUAGCAGGGUGCCUAUUUAAAGGCAGAGUGAAGCUCUGUAUGGCCCAGCCCAACACAGAGAUCGUUGCCACCUAGCGGAUUUCGAAUCUGAAUCCCUGAGAUGAGCACACUAUCAGGUCACACAAGCUUUCACCAACAGGCCAACUCCUGGGCGUUAGCAUGUGCGCAGAGUUAAUGCCAAACAGGCGACAGAUGAGAAUACAGCCACUUAACCAAUGAAACUGUUUAAACCUCUUCCAGUCAUUGCAAAAUCAUUAGAAUAAUUUUCUUUUCUGUCUAAAAUAUUUGAUCUUUGCAACAUACAAUGGUGAGAAUGUUACUGAAAGGGUUAAGUGUACAAUAUCCAAUCAACUUUGAUCUAUAAUUGUGGAUUUCAACAGGGCUCAGUCAAAGUAAUUGGUUGUAAUGUACACUCAGUAGUUAGCCAGUAAAUUAUUUCAUACAAUGUGCAAGUAUUCUGCCGAAUGCAUUUUUGCAAGGCAUAUGAAAGUCAAUGAUGAUGAACGCCAACAAGACUGCUACUGGAUGCCUAUGUGCAGAAUUGCAAAGGAAAAGAUUAUCAAAAUUUCCUAGUUGACUCUAGUUGUUCACAUUCUUCUAUAUCCUGGAAUUCAUAUCCUAUUUCUUAUUAGUACUGACACCUCUGAAAAAAGGUCUUGUCCGUAUCGAUGUCGGACACCUGCACCAACCGGUGUGAUCAUGUUUAAUUUAUUUAUUUAUUUAUUCAAAUUAUUAUCGAUGUCGCCGUGUUAGUUUUGGGGUCUUUAUUGAAUUCUCUAUCAGUGUCAUCUUUUGAUUUCUUCUUUCAACAAUAUUACUGGUAUUUACAAUCAAAAGGAGGAUCUGACAUUAGCUCUAGGAUCUGUGUAUGCCUGGACUGAGAAUCCACUUAGACUUUUUACCUUUUUUUUUUUUAAAUUAGAAAACAAAAUAAAUUGUGAUUGAUUAUUUUCAUGACUGUUUUUGUAAUUGUCUAGCUUCUUGUGUAAAUUUUUCUUGUACAAAACUCAGUAAUAUACUUUUAUUUUAUUUUACUUUUUAUUGUCUAUAAUAUAAUGUGAGGAGCGGAAUUUUAUUGGAUUAUCAAUGACUUGUGGUGAAUUAAAAAAAAAAAAAAAAGGACAUAGUUUUAAAUAGUUGAACCAAAGGCUGUUUUGGUUGAAAGAUGGCACUACCAAGUAAAGCAUUUGUUGAAGUUGGGAAUAUGUAAAUGAUUUGUUGAUAUGGAUAAUUGAGAAAUGUGUUACAUAUGUACACUUAAUUA